AUGGCCGUGGAAACACCCCAAAGCAAGCUGCCGCGCACCGGCUUAGCGGCCCUGCUUGCAAGCCUCAACAUCCCUGGUGAGAUCCAGCUUCCAUCUGGCGUGGUCGUGCCCGUCGGAACAGAGCCGCCCAAAUACCGCGUCAUUUUCCGCUCGGAGAAAGCACUUCGCACUCCCAUGACGGAGAUGGGCGUCGGAAGUGCCUACGUAUCAGGUGAUGUUGAUGUUGAAGGCGAUUUCGGCGCUCUCUUCGGCGCACGUGAGAAUUUGACCGAGAAGGUGCCUCUGCGACAAAAGUUCCAAUUUUUGUACGAUUACUGCAUCCGAUCCGCGACCGCUAUGAACAAAAAAGCCAUCGGCGACCACUAUACCCGCGGGGAUGAUCUGUACCUUUCGUUCAUCGAUAAGCGAUUCCGAUUCUAUACGCACGGGAUCUUUAAGAAUCCGGAUGAAAGCAUCGAGCAGGCUUCAGAGAAUAAACUGGAAACGAUAUUCAAGGCUCUCGAUAUCAAGCCCGGGAUGAGGGUGCUUGAUCUGGGCGGUGGAUGGGGUGGCGUGACACAGUAUUGUGGUGCGAGAGGCGUCCACGUUACGACCUUGACUUUGUCGGCGGACUCGGCGCGCUUUGUCGAGCGAAUCAUUACCGAGAAUCACUUCCCUGGUCGAGUUUUCUUGCAGGAUUUCCUUGAGCAUAAGCCCGACGAACUGUAUGAUCAUAUCAUUACACUUGGUGUCAUCGAGCACCUCCCCGAUUACCGCCGGUUCUCACGUUGCGUCUGGGACGUGUUGAAGCCUGGUGGACGGAUCUAUCUUGAUGGGUCGGCGGCUAUUACUAAGUAUGCAGUUAGUUCGUGGACUCGAGAUAAUAUUUGGGGUGGGACGCAUACUUAUAUGACUGUGCAAGAUGUCAUGGCGGAAUUCCUGUACCAUGGUUUUGAGGUUAGGGAGGUGGUUAAUGAGACGAAGGACUAUGAGUUGACUAUGCUCGAAUGGGCGAAGAGACUUGAUCAGGCUCGGGACGAGGUGAUUGCGGGUUGGGGCGAAAAGACUUAUCGUGUGUUCCGUAUGUUCCUCUGGGGCGGAACUCACGCGUUCAAGACCAAUACUUUGCAGGCGUAUCAUCUUGUUGCUGAGAAGACGGCUUCGACGGGGCCGCGGCCGUCGACUUAUCGGAGGAUUGUUCAGUUCUUGGGAAAUCUUCGUUAA